AUGUUGUGCACGAUUUGCGGCUCGCCGAACGCCGCCAAUUAUCAUUUCGGCGCGCGUUCAUGCAAGGCGUGCGCCGCAUUUUUUCGCCGCAGCGUCACCAUGCGCCAAACCUAUGAUUGCAUUGGCGAUGGGCGCAAUCCUUGCGUUAUUCAUCAUUCGUUACGUUUUAAUUGCCGAUUUUGUCGCCUGAAAAAAUGCUAUUUAUUCGGCAUGAUCGAGCAAUUGGUUCAAGGAAAACGGGAUGUCCGCAACUCGCCAUAUUCAAAAGAUCGUAAAGAGCCAAAAAUUGCGAAUGGAAUAAUGACCAUAAAUGAGCUCAAAAAGCUCAUAAGCCUUGAUAAUUUGGCAAGUGUGAAAUUAGAAAAGCCUGAGGCGACGAAUCAAUUUCGAGCCGACUCGCCGUCAACUUCAGGCUACCAAUUCAGCAUCGAUGAUGAGGAAUCGGCUUAUAAUCUCGCCGAGUUCUACAUUCAGCAGACAUGUUCUUUGAAUUUGCGACGACGUCUCGCUUAUACGAGCAAAUUCUUCACAUCGAUAUUCAAUGAAACGUGCCAUUGUCCUUAUGAUCGAGACGAUCUCGUUCAAUUCAGUCAUCGCGACUAUCGCCAAAAAUGCAAAGCCGAUUACAUAAUGAUAUUGGAAUAUAUUCGAGCGUUUCCCGAUUUUCGCAAGCUGACGGAUUCCGAAAAAACGGUGCUGUUUCGGACGGCGUGCGCCGUCGAUUUCCUCGUCGAUCCCGCAUUCUAUACAGCAAACAUUUUUGGCGAUUCCGAUGAGGCGAUGGUGACGCCCAACGGCGAAUACAUUCCGAUGAAUCCGCUACCGAUGCCUGAAAAUGAGGAAAACGAUGAGAAAUUCACGUCAAAAGAGGAUUAUUUGAAGUAUAAAUUCCUCGUCACAAUGAAGCGCCGCCAAUGGCUCAACGUGCUCAAGCCGAUCAAUCAGCUGAAGCUCACUUUCAGCGAAUUCUGCCUGUUCAAAGCGCUAGUUAUAUGGCACCACAAUUAUUACAAAAUGCAGGAAAAUGGAAAAACGAUUUGCGAGAAACAACGAGAAGCGAUUAUCCGAAGUUUGAUGAUCAUUUGUCGCGAUGAAGGUCAUGAAGCGCCACAUGAGCGAAUUGGGCAGAUUAUUCUAACAAUCUCAUUUAUUAUGAUUGAAAUUCAUGAAAUGGUCACCUCAUAUAUCCAAAUGACAUUUUUAAAUCUUGUCGAUGAGCCGAUUCUGAUCGAAAUGCUCAAAUUUCAAUAUUAA